AUGACGCCGCUCGUCAUUGACAUCGUCAAGUUGGCAUCAUGGAGGAUGGCGAUACGGAGCGGCGUCACUCAAGACGGAGAUCCGGUGCUCAGUGUCACGCCCUUCGUGUCUUCCAUGAAGCCGGUGCUACGGACGAAGACACGGAGCACGGCAAGACGCCGCCUUCCGUCGAGCCACCGCCGUGAACGACGACGACACGGAGCUCGCCAAGAUGCCGCCCACCGUCGACAUCGUCAAGACGGCGCCUCUAUGGACGACAUCAUGGAGCACGCCACGAUGCCGCCCACAUUCGAUGUUGUCAAGCUGGUGACAUUGAGGCCGCUCGGCUCUCUGGAUAAGGCAAAUCCUCAGCCACAAAUCUCCCGAACCCACCUUGUGCCCCCAGAUCUCAUCGCCUCCGACCUCCCAGCGCCGGCCGACCACCGGUCCACGACGCCCCGAGCUCACCUGAGCGCCCCCCCCCCCCCUCCCACCCACCCACAGCGGAGCUCUGCCUCGCCCCCAUCCGACCGCCGCCUCUACCAUAGCCUCCGCCUCUCACUCCUCCGUCCUUUCAGAUCUGACAUGUGCUCCUUCACAUCGUCGCCGUCAUGCGCCGUCUACCGCCUGCUCCGACCCUCUGCACAGUCUCCCCUACACCAGCCCGUUGGUGGCUUGUUGGCCAUCGCUCUCUCCAUCUCCGGCACCGUUCCCCGCCAGGUCUCCGCACGGUGCCAUCUCCUCCAAACUGUAAAUCGGCGCGCGUACAGGAUUUGGCUUGGUCAAUUUGUUCUCAAGGACUAUGUAGUGCAUAGGGAAUUCAAUUUAUUUUCCUCUCUAGUCGGCGAAGGAGUACACCUUCACCGGCGACGCAGCCUCCCUUUGAUUGCUACCCGCCCUCAUGGAGUACUAAAUCAAGAUGAGCCGAGAGAAGGGAACAUCAUUAGUGCAACAAAGAGGUUGCAGCAAAAAGUCGAGGUUAUCACUUGGAAAGAAGAAAUUGUAUAAUAUUCUUCCAAAUGAAGAAGAGGUACUAUUCUCUACUGUAGAAAAAUCAAAUAAUUCGAUGAUGCUUUGGUUUCUUAGUAUUAUCGAUUGUAGUGUGUGGCAAUGAUGAAGAGCUUAGCAAUUAUUCUGCAAAUCUCAAAUGUGUAUACUUAAUCCCUUCCAUAUUUUGAUGGUGUAUGUCUUCAAACUAGAAAUUAAAUGUUGGCCAACACCUAUUUGAGAUCUGUUUUUUCUU